AUGGAGACAUGGCCGACAGCCGCCAGAGAGCAAGCCGCAAAGAUCGGUGACUUGGCAGAACAGGCCAUCCUUCUGGCCGAUGAUGCCGCGCAGAAGGGCAAGCGCGAGGUCAGUUUCCGCCCCUCGGAUGCAGACCUGAGAAGCUUGUGUCCAGUGCAGGCCAUGUCAUCCAGGAAUGGUGGCCCCCUCACGGCCUCCCGGGAUCCGCUCCAGCGCGAAAUCCCCAGCACAGCCUGGGCUCGACGAGAUGAUCCGGCCGGCGGAGGCUCAAGUUCCGAGCCCCGAAUUCAGCUUCGUGUGAGCGAGCGCGUCCGUGUGCUGUGCUUUUGUCAGAGCCUGGUGGUCGCUGACAGCGGAGCAUCGAGCAGAAGAGAAAGUGGGUCGUUUGGUUGGGACAUUCUGAUAGCGAUCGCACUGUGCAGCUGUGUCAAUAUCUCUUCCCCGCAGUCCUGCAUGUCAUCAGUGUUUCACGUCUGGGAACAUCGACCCGUGUACCUGAGGUUUGUGUCCGAGGCGAUGAAGGACGGAACCGUUUCGGGCUGCGUGGAUGUCUUCCCCAAAGAGGCAGACUUUGCAGACACUGGCCUCACGGCAUUUCCAGAGCUAAGCUGGCAAGAAGAUGCUGUCGGCCCGAGAUGUGAAGGCGUUUGCGCAGCCAAACGUCAGCACUGA